GAACUAUACCCUGUCCGUCCGCCAUUUUGGCAGCUGCUCGGCGGCGGGUGCGAGCUUCGUGUGUCGGCGGCUCAGCUGCUUCCUCAGGACGGCGGUCGCUUCCUCGGUGUCUGCUUGUCGCCUCUUCUCCAUCACCUCCCUCUCACGCUUUUAGCGAGGAAGAAAAAAGGAAAAAGCUCCAGUGGUUUUAAAAAAAACCUCUACAUCCUUCUCCCUCCCCCCCUAAAAAAACCCAAAAACCACCCAACAAAAAAAAACCCUUCCCCCGCCCCCCCCCCCCCCCAACUCCCACUCCGUCCAUCGAGCGCCUCAGCUCCCCCGCCGGAGAACAUGGAGGACCGCGAGGACCUCGUCUACCAAGCCAAGCUGGCCGAGCAGGCUGAGCGCUACGACGAAAUGGUGGAGUCAAUGAAAAGGGUAGCUGGCAUGGACGUAGAGUUGACAGUUGAAGAAAGGAAUUUACUGUCUGUGGCCUAUAAAAAUGUGAUCGGAGCACGGAGAGCGUCCUGGAGGAUAAUCAGCAGUAUUGAGCAAAAGGAGGAAAACAAGGGUGGCGAGGACAAACUAAAAAUGAUUCGUGAAUACAGAAAAACGGUUGAGGAUGAGCUGAAAUCAAUUUGUAAUGACAUUCUGGAUGUACUGGAUAAACACCUCAUUCCUGCUGCCAACUCUGGAGAGUCAAAGGUUUUCUACUAUAAAAUGAAAGGUGAUUACCACAGGUAUCUGGCAGAGUUUGCAACAGGGAAUGACAGGAAGGAGGCAGCAGAGAACAGCCUGGUCGCAUACAAGGCGGCUAGCGAUAUUGCAAUGACAGAACUUCCGCCGACGCACCCCAUCCGCUUAGGCCUUGCUUUGAAUUUCUCUGUAUUCUACUAUGAAAUCCUCAAUUCCCCUGACCGUGCCUGUAGAUUGGCAAAGGCAGCAUUCGAUGAUGCAAUUGCAGAACUGGACACCUUGAGUGAAGAAAGCUACAAGGACUCUACACUCAUUAUGCAGUUGUUACGUGACAACUUGACACUAUGGACUUCAGACAUGCAGGGAGAUGGUGAAGAACCGAGUAAAGAUGUGGUGCAAGAUGUUGAUGACGACAAUCAGUGAGAAGACAUGGCGAAUGAGAAGACCCUGUCUGCCCCUCUCCUGUCCCUUCCCACAGUCCUAGUCCAAGCUGAGAACCAGUAAAUUUGAUGUUGGUGCUGGACCUCAGAAUUAGCUAUGUGCCCAUUUGGGUUCCGAGGAUUAUUUUUGUUUUUUUUUAUUUUUAUUUUUUACUUGUUUAAAAUAAAAUCUAAAAGCAAUGCUGGCUCUCUAUGGAUGUUUAACUGGGACCUGCUUUCUUGACUAGAUACCACAAUUCUUUGGAAAUCUUUUUGAAUAAAUGUUUAAUUCUACUUAAUACAGCUUUGUGAAUAAUUGACGCCUCUACCCUUUCCCCAAUUGAGAUCUGAGCAGUGAAUUUGAAUUGGUGGUCGGUCAUGAAUCGCAAUGAUUGACAACUGAGCCCAGCUCCUUGGUGUGCUGUGACCCUUUUAAAUGUGUUGUGUGUUUACAACGCACCAAACCAUCAUAUCCCUCUUAGCGACUGCAUGCUCUUGGUUUGCUUUUCUCUUAUUCCCCCAAAAAUGUACUUGCAUCAACCGGUGUGGCUAAACAAAUAAAACUGUAUUCUUUGUGAGCCGUUAAAUAGUUUGCUCUGAAAGUCUGUGAGCCUGAUGUGCACAGUGUUUUCCUUCAGUGCGUUAAUCCUGAAGAUAGCAGAUGGCAGUUACAAUCCAUGGAUAGUCCUUUGCUGUUAUUUUUUGUCCAUCCUGGCAGAGCAGGUCGUGUUUGAGCUGCUGUUGAAGCCUGCAUGCUUUAAAACAAGUUUUUGUUUUUUUUUCCUACCCACUCCUCCUCCUUCCCCCUUCCCUUCUCUUUCUCUCUUUGUUCAGUAUGUGUAACUUGAAGCUAAUUUGUACUACUGGAUAUAUCUGACUGGAGCCACCGAUACAGAUCUGUAUCCUUCUUACUGAAACACAGCAUGGAUUAAUAUUAAACUUAAAUAAACGAACCUAAAUUAA